GUUUGACGUUUAGCAAAGCUGCUGCUACGCCGGCUGUAUGCCUUUUCUCCGUGUUCCGUCUCCGAUCUCGAUCUUUUGCGCGGUACGCAUACGCAUUUUAGCGAAAUGUCUAGCAAUCCCGGUUCCCCGGUGCAGUGCAGCCCGAUCGUGAAUCGGACGCUUGAGCUGAACCUAAAUAGGAAGCGUUCGAAGGAAUGCUUGCGAUGGGGCACGGUGCACAUACUGCUACUGUCCGUGGUGCUGUUCGACAUCUCCAACAAGUGCUCGUACUCGUUUUCGAACCUGUACUACGUCGAGUACGUCGCCGCAGCCAUGCUGUCCUGCAGCAUGGUGUACUACUACACCUGCUACUUUUACUACCUGUUCAGUGCAGAGCCCAUCCGGGGCACGGAACAGCAACGGCGAAUACUCAGGUUCGAUGCAAACGACAGCUCGUUCAUCACCACUCCGCUGCAGGCCAAGCAAUCGGCCAGCGCGGACAACACGCCAAUGAACGUGUCUACCUCACUGUUGCGGUCCUUUCACGAAUCGAGCUUUUCGAUUGCCUCGCCCCGCUGGGUGUUCAGCAGGGGCAGCCCACCGAUGGAACCGGCCCGGCCACCGAUGCUGUACGACCGCAACCUGUCCUACGAGGCGUCACCGAACGUCAGUGGCGGUUCGAUCAAGUUUUCUCCUGCGCUGCGGAAGCUAGGUCCGCCGGGCGAUACGAUACUGGAUGACAAAUUUAUGGAAACCUAUGCACAUAAGUUCAAUCUUUCCUACAGUGAAGCAUCGAUGGAUAAGAGCAACCGAUCGCAGAAGGAGCAAGCGAACAAUACCGAUGAUUCGAUGAACUCGUCCUUUGGUCGGUACCGGUUCAACGACAUGUCGCACCUGCUCAAAACCUCCCUCUACCAACUGUCGUCCUCGGUGACGCCAAGCAAACAGCUGACGAAGGAGCUCGAGACGGGCCCGUACAAUGCGUUUAUCGAUGGCAGUCCCGAGGGCUUGAAAAAAGUGUCCACCACGCAGCUGUCCACGUACGUGGGCAAUUUGCGCAUGUGGAUCUCGUUGACGAUAUUGCAGCGUAUCGAGGAGGAGAUCAAUAUUGCCGAUCAGGCAUUCAAGAGCCGUGGCUUUGCUGACAUUCAGAUCGGCAAUAUCGGGCUGGAGCGGUUGAAGAAAACGGCCGAAAAUCAGCAGCUGGUGUCGUUGUACAUCCCGCGGCUACCGUUGCUGAUACCGUUUCUGGAAAUGUCCACCAAUCAGGAGUAUCUGGUGCAGCGCAUCAAGGAUCUUGCCAAGGGUAGCUGUUUGGCCGACUAUCGGUGGAAUUCCGGUUCGGCUUACAAGGGUAUUAGCUGGGAUGAACAUCUGCCUACCGAUUCGGCCAUUAUUUUCCACCUCUUCUGCACGUAUCUGGAUAGUCAGCUGCGUCCGCUGCCACAACCGGGUGGGCGUCCCUUCUUCAACCGCUACGUCGUAGUAGGCGAUAAGAAGACGACCAAGGAAACACUUGCGGAAGUGAACACCAAAAAUAAGGCCAAGUGCGCAAUUCUUUACUCAAACCCCCUAAAGCCCAAAUUUAACUUCGUUUCGGAUGACAAAAUUCACAGCUGUGCCUAUGAUCGAAAUAAUCUGUUCUACGUCAUCAUUCAAUUUUUAAUGUAUAUGAAAACCCACCACGAAUGCUCACUGGAGGGCAUUAAUCUCGGCAGAAGUGGCAUCAACAUACUGUGCUGCAUCGAAGACUAGAAGCGUGGCAGCGGACGCGCCAUUUUAUGAGUGUCGCGUAAUCGAAUUAUGAAAGGUGUUCAAAUCUGCCAUCGUCAUGGAAACAGGCGAUUGGCGUACCCGAAAGUAUGCUCAUACACGGACGAAAUUGGACACACGGUACAUGAUAGGCUCGGUGGCUGUAUCAUGAUGCUUUGGUAAGUCCAAUACACAACACAUAAAUUAAAUUCAUUUGCUCGGAUGAACUGUAUUCAAUUUUGUAUAUUAAUCGCUUAUUAUCAACGGUUCGUUCGAAGAUUGUUGUGUGUUAUACAUGACACAGUAUAUAUGUAUAAGUUGUUGGUGAAUCAAUGGUGAAUCAUACUGCUUAGCGUUGAGAUUAAAAUUCCGACAAAACAUACGUUCGUUGAUGAAAAAAAAAACACACUCACAGAAAUUGUAUUAUUGACUCAAUAAUGUCUAUCGUGCUAUCGGUCGCGAAGUUUUGCCUUAUCCGAAUUGAAACAAAUGGAUGUAUUUUAGCUUAUACUAAUGAACAUACCUUUAAGGACUAGACAAAUAACACUAUGUGUAGAAGACGUGUAGAAAGUAAGCCCAACAUCCACACAAACAGCAAACAAUCGUGUAUG